AUAUUCUUUUAAAUAUACCUAAUGUUCUUUCUGGGUGCACCAACCAUACAUUACUAAUUUUUUCCCUUGAAAACGGAAUGAAUGAAAAUCACAAAAUUACAACCACCUAUUUAAUUGUCCUUUAAUUUUGCACUAUCAAGUAUCAAACUAUUCUUACAAAUAAUCCUCAAAUUAUGGUGAAAAUGUUACUGAAACUGCUACUGACGGCUGUUCUUGUAAUCUCGACCCACACCAAAUGGGCGAGCUCGGACCUGGAAUCGCUGAGUCGGGAGCUCUUGGAAGCGGCGAGGCGAUCCGAAUUGUUCGAAUGGAUGAAACGGAUUCGGAGGACGAUUCAUCAGAACCCAGAAUUGGGGUUCGAAGAGUACGAGACGAGUCGACUCAUUCGGUCUGAGCUUGACUCGCUGGGAAUUCAGUAUGCAUGGCCUGUUGCCAAGACUGGGGUCAUCGCUUCUAUCGGGUCGGGUCAAAAGCCCGUUUUUGCUCUGAGGGCUGAUAUGGAUGCUCUUGCCUUGCAGGAACUGGUUGAUUGGGAGUUUAAAAGCAAAAAUGAUGGGAAGAUGCACGCUUGUGGCCAUGAUACUCAUGUGGCAAUGCUACUCGGGGCAGCCAAGCUACUCCAAGGCAGGAAAGAUCAGCUAAAGGGCACAGUCAAGUUGGUUUUCCAACCCGGUGAAGAAGGUAAUGCCGGUGCAUACCAUAUGAUCAAAGAACAUGCUCUAGAUGAUGUCGAUGCCAUCAUCAGCCUACAUGUCCUGCCAACAGUGCCCACAGGUAGUAUUGCUUCCAAGGCAGGCCCAGUUCUUGCUGGUACUGGGUUGUUUAAGGCAACAAUUACAGGAAAAGGUGGACAUGGAGCACAUCCCCAUCUCAGUAAAGACCCCAUCGUUGCAGCUUCAUCAACUGCUAUUGCACUCCAGCAAAUCAUUUCUAGAGAAACAAAUCCUCUUGAGUCAGGGGUGGUGACUAUUGGUUACUUUAAAGGAGGCCAAGCAGGAAAUGUGAUCCCUGAGAAGGUAGAAUUCGGAGGAACAUUUAGAAGCUUGACCUCUGAAGGUCUCACCUACUUGAGAGACAGGAUUAAGGAGAUUGUGGAGAUGCAAUCUUCUGUGCAUCAGUGCCAUGGUGAGGUGGACUUCUUGGAAGAGACGCCUAUGCCUUGGCCUGUGAUGAUUAACGAUCAGGCACUCCAUGAGCACGGGACACAGGUUGUGGAGGCGCUGAUUGGCAGGUCCAAGUUGGAGGUCUUUCACUUGACCAUGGGAUCAGAGGAUUUCAGCUUCUUUUCCUCAAAAAUGCCAGCUGCUAUAUUUGUUCUCGGAAUAAAGAAUGUGACCCUGAACUCGGAUAAGCCAUUGCACUCUCCGUACUUCUUUGUUGAUGAGGAAGCUUUUCCUGUUGGGGCUGCUUUCCAUGCUGCACUCGCGAUUUCUUACUUGGAGAAGCAUGGUGGUUCUAUUGACUGUGUCUUAAGGGGGUGUUCGGUAAAUGGUAAUUGAGGGUGGAGAUGGGACUUUUAAUCCCAAAUAAAAAUAAAAAAAAAAACAAAAAAAAAAAAAAA